GUAUCGCCGUGCUCCAGAGAGCCCUUAUCCGUCACAGUUCAAUGAAUGCCAUGAUGCCGCCGUUCACUUUAUGAAGAAUGCAGAGAACUACGGGGUGGACCCUGCCCACAUCAUAAUUUGUGGGGACAGUUGUGGAGGCACAAUUACUGCUUACCUCUGCCAAGAGCUGAAAAGCAGAACUGACCUGCCCAGAGUCCGUGCUCAGGUGCUGCUCUAUCCUUUCCUCCAAGGACUGGAUGCAACUUUACCUUCUUAUCAGCAGAACCGCCUCUUCCCUCUGCCAACUCUGAUAGAUUGGGCGAGAUUUGCUGCGUACUAUAUGGGGACACCCUCAACCUUGGCUGAAAUGGCGAUUGCAGGAAACCUUAUCCCUGAAGACAUUCAAAGGAAAUAUAGGAAAUGGGUACAUCCCGAUCAUGUCCCUUACAACUUUAGAAUCCGAAACCGCAACCCAGCACCGCCUGCUUCUUCAAAAGAUAAUUUAUUGAACUUGAUCAAUGAAGGGCUUGAUAGAAAACUUUCCCCACUUUUGGCUGACGAUUCCUUUUUAAAAGAACUCCCGGAAACUUUCAUCUUCACUUGCGAAUAUGAUGUGAUGAGGGACGAUGGCCUGCUGUACAAGAAAAGACUCGAAGAGAAUGGCGUCCAGGUUUCAUGGUAUCACCUUGAAGAUGGGUUUCACGCUGUUCCAGUCCUGUUGAAUCACUGGCUUAUUACUUUUCCCUGUGCCAAAACUGGAGUUGAUGCUGUCGUUGAUUAUAUCAAAGGUCUGUAGAUCCAGACAUGUUCCUGGUCAUCUCAAAAUGUAAACCUGAUCAUUUGGAGGAUGCACAAGAAUAAGAUGGGCAAAAGGAACCACUUUGUGGUUCAUGAACCAAAGUUUGUGAUGGGUCUACAGUCACAAACUUCCACCAACUUUAAAAGCAGUUUGUGGUGGUUCAUGAUUAGAACAGGAAA